UUGGGACGGGCCCAUUGUCGUUUUAACAAUCAGCAGGAAGAGAUAUAGUCAUUGGUCUAAACUCUAUCUACAGCUGGCCACGUCAACCGGAAGUAUCCGCCCUGUAAACUUCAGAAUGCGAUGUGUUUAACGAAACGGAAGGCUGAGCGUUAUAACGAGGUUCCGUUUUCCGUCGUAAACAACUCAUUGAACUGUGUCUUCAGUUGAGGUUAACUGGCAGUCAUGUCCAGUACUAGAGGAGUUUGGUCAGGGAACCACUGGGCAGGGUUCUUUGCCCUUUUUGUGAUUUUGAUCAUCAACGUCCAAACACGGCCCGCAAACAUAUCAAUCCACAGAAACAACAAACAUGUAAACGGUAAAGAGAACGAGAACGAGAUCCUUCCCCCUGACCACCUAAACGGUGUUAAAAUGGAAAUGGACGGUCACCUGAACAAGGACUUCCAUCAGGAAGUGUUUCUGGGAAAGGAGAUGGAGGAGUUCGAAGAAGACUCCGAACCCAGGAAGAACCGCAAGAAAUUAAUCGAAAUUUUUAGCAAAGUGGAUUUCAACAAGGACAGAAGUGUCAGCGCUAAAGAGCUUCAAAGCUGGAUCAUGCAGAAAACAGAAGAGCACUUCCAAGAGGCGGUGAAAGAGAACAAAGUUAAUUUCCGUGCUGUAGAUCCAGAUGGAGAUGAGCACGUGACAUGGGAUGAGUACCGGGUGAAGUUUCUGGCCAGCAAAGGCUUCAAUGAGAAGGAAGUGGCUGAGAAGAUAAAAAAUAACGAAGAGCUUAAAUUGGAUGAGGAGACCCAGGAGAUCUUGGAAAGCCUGAAGGAUCGCUGGUUUCAGGCCGAUAACCCUCCAGCGGACCAGCUGCUGAACGAGGAGGAGUUUCUCUCCUUCCUUCAUCCAGAGCACAGCAGAGGCAUGCUGAAAUACAUGGUCAAGGAGAUCAUCAGAGACCUGGAUCAAGAUGGAGACAAAGAACUGACACUGUCAGAGUUCAUCUCUCUGCCCAUGGGCACGGUGGAGAACCAGCAGGGACAGGAUAUUGAUGAUGACUGGGUUCGUGAGAGGAAGAAAGAGUUUGAGGAGGUCAUCGACGCCAACCACAACGGCAUUGUCACUAUGGACGAGCUCGAGGAAUACAUGGACCCCAUGAAUGAGUACAACGCUCUUAACGAAGCCAAACAGAUGAUCGCUGUUGCUGACGAGAACCAGAACCACAGCUUGGAAUUGGAGGAGAUCCUCAAAUACAGCGAGUACUUUACCGGGAGCAAGUUCAUGGACUAUGCCCGCAAUGUACAUGAGGAGUUCUAGGACAUUCUCGCUAAUUCUGUAAAAAGAAAAAAAUAUAUAUAUUCUGACCCAACAGCUGAACAGGUUGGAUUUGCCUCCUAAGGAUCUGAUUGGCUCAUUGGAGUGUGUGUGUGUGUGUGUGUGUGUGUGUGUGUGUGUGUGUGUGUGUGUGUGUGUGUGUGUGUGUGUGUGUGUGUGUGUGUGUGUACAUGGAUGUUUGAAGCAGCUUUAACGUCCCUGUAAAGCAGUAAAACACUUUUCCUGGUGUUGAUAUUGAUUAAUAUUUAAAAUGAGAGCAAAAAAAAAUUUCUUUGAGGUAUAACCGGGUCUUACGGAUCCUCGUUGUAUAGAGAGAGAGAGAAGACUUAAAGUAGAUGAAGCCAUUGUGUGAAAAUGUAAAUAAUGUUCUUGAAAAAUGCUUUGACCUUUAGUUAUGUGAUUUUCUCAAGACGAUGCUCUUGACCUGUGGACACCUGCUGUUUCUGGAUUCCGAAACAAGAAUGUAACAGCAAUGUCACAAAAAAAGGUCAAACUGAAACAUGCACGUGUGUUUGCGUGCUUGUGUGUGUUUGUCUCUCUUCUCACACUGUUGCACUCAAGACUUUUAUUUUAUUAUAUACCCAUGUGCAUUUUCUUAAUUGACAAGGACUUAUUUUCCCCUCUCAUACAGCCAGUGUUUGUCUGCACAUCAUAAACGAGUAGUUAUUGACAUGAUGCAGCUUCCCCGUCCGCCUUUCAUAUCUCUCUGAGAAGGAGAGAUUAUGGAUUCUUUUUAAAACUUUGUAAGGACAUUUUGUUUCAUUUCUAGGUGAUUGUUUUUUUUUUUUUUUUUUUUUUCCCCUGUUCACUGGAAAAACAAGCUGCUGUUAAUAGAAUCUGGAUCUUGUGUUCAUUAGCUUUUAUGUAACAAGGAUCCUAGGCUCUCUGAAUCAAAUACAAUGCAAAUGAUUUGUUUUAUUGUUUAUUUCUGAUUCUCCUUUCUAAGACUAAAGUAUUUAACUUUAACUCCAGUUUUCGUUUUAUACUUCUGGUGUUUAGCGUAGAUUAAAUUAGGUGUAUCGAUGUAUUACUUCAUUUUCCGUAAAGAAUAUGCUCUUAAAUUUGACAGGUUUUGUUUCAGUAAUAUUUAAUAGGUCCUCUAAUUCUUCUGUGCACUGUAUCCGAUUCCAUUAAUCUAUAUGCUCAUAAGUAUGCGCUCUCUCUCUCGGCUAAGUUAUUACCAUCUCGUGCUUGAUGUGAGUUGAUGAAGCCAUGCAUGCACAGUGUGAUGCCCAUGUCUUGUGGAAAUGUUUGAUUCACAUUUUAUUUCAGCUGCUGAAUAUAUUUUAUGCAUUAAACAAUGCUGGGUAAAUCGAGUUAAACCUUCACCUCUAUUCUGUCUAUAGUUAAAAAAAAAAAAGAUAGAUCACAUUUCCACAUCACUGAUCCAGAGCAUACAUUAGAAAAAAAAUUAUAUUUGUACAAUCAUUUAGGGUGAAUAGAUGUUUAUGGUAAUGUUUUUUGUUGUUUUUUUUAAUCAGAGAAUGAUCAGAUUUCUUUACACUUCGUUUCCGAAGCCCGUGUCCUAAAUCCUUCUGAACCACUUCACCAUCUUUUCCACAAUGAAAGUUAUUCUCGAUUUUCUUUAUUACUGAAUAAAUUGGACUUCAAAUGUU